AAACCGACACGGCGCUUCGCCGACGUAUCUCUCACACACCCCCCUGUCCCGGACGUCCCGCGGGCUGUCCGGGAGGACCCCGUGGUGAACGCGACGCUGCGCGACCACCCGGACCUUUUCAAAAUUGUUUGCCCCAUAGACGUCGACCGCUUCGCCGCCUACCUGGACGAUCACCCAAACCAGGACUUCGUGCAGUCCGUGGUGCGUGCGCUGCGGGAGGGUUUCUGGCCGUACGCGGACGUCAAGCCGGCCGACUACCCGGACACGUGGGACGAACGCCGCCCUGCCCCACAGGAGGAGAAGGCAGCUCAGUUCUUGCGCGCCCAGCGAGACGAGGAGAUUGCCCUCGACCGCUACUCUGAGGGUUUUGGGGCGGAACUGUUUCCCGGGAUGUACUCCAUGCCCGUCCACGUUGUGCCCAAGCCGCACUCGGAGAAGUUUCGCCUUGUCAACGACCAGAGCGCGGGCGCGUACUCGCUAAACUCUAUGAUCAGGCCCGAGGCUAUCAAAGGCGCCGUGUUGGACGGCAUUCCGGCUCUCGGAGAAUCCCUCCGCAAGUUCCGGAGAGCUCACGCCGGAGAGCAGCUGAUCAUGUGGAAGUCGGAUGUCUCUCAGGCAUACCGCCGGAUGCCCGUGUCGCCGUACUGGCAGAUACGGCAGGUGGUCACUAUCGACGGGGUUCGAUAUGUGGACCGCUGCAAUCUUUUCGGAGGUCGCGGCUCACUGCGGGUGUGGGCUGCGUUCGACUGUCUGGUGGCCUGGAUUGCCGAGAACAAAGCUGGGGUGGACUUCAAGCUCAACUAUGUGGACGACGACUUCGGUUUCGCUCCCAUCAGCGACGUCAUGUGGUACGAACCCUACAAGCGCUAUUUUCCCACCCCCCAAGCUCGCCUCUUGACUCUCUGGGACGAACUGCGUAUCCCUCACGAGCUCACGAAGCAGUUGCAUGGCACGGACUUGCCCAUCAUAGGUUUCAACGUCGACCCCAACGCAAUGACGGUGACUCUCCCCGACGAGGGCAAGGCACGCCUCCUCGACGCCAUCGACUCCUUCUGCGACAUCACUCCCGGCAACAGGCGGAGGUCCCUCGCGGAGUUCCAGGCUUUCACUGGCUACGCCAACUGGGCCUUCAACGUGUACCCUCUCCUCAAACCUGCGCUCUCAAACGUCUACGAGAAGAUGAUCGGGAAGUCCGACCGCCUCGCGGGCAUCUACGUCAACGCUGCCAUCGUCCGCGACUUGCAGUGGCUGCGCUCACACGUCCUCAAGUCCCCUGGCGUGCACUUCCUGUCCGCAAACGCUUGGUCCCCCGCAGACUUGGUUCAGGGCUCUCUGGGCGACGAGUUCGCCCUCACCGACGCAUCGGGCCACGGGUUGGGGAUCUAUUUCCCCUGGUUGCGACUGGGUUUCCAUUGCGAGCUUCCUGACGGUGCGCCCACUGAGACAAUCUUCUUCUUCGAGGCCCUCGCUAUCUGCGCCGCCAUCCACAAGGCCCGCGACUGGCGCAAGGCGGGACGUUGCAUCAAGCGUCUCGCCAUCCUGUCCGACAACUCGAACAGUGUCGCUGUUUUCAACUCCCUGCGAGCGUCGCCCACCUACAACCCCAUCCUAAAGAGCGCAGUUGACGUCAUGGUCGAGUGCGCCGUCGACGUCCGCGUCGACCACAUCCCCGGCGAGCUGAACGUCAUUGCGGACGCGCUCUCCCGUGGCAAGCUUGCGCUUGUCCGAGAGCGCGUCCCUGACAUCACCCUCUUCCACCUUACACCCCCUCGAGAUGCGCUGGGGGCGGCGCAGUUAUGA